AUGCGCUUCAUCAAAGGCCCCAAUACCUGGAUGGUACACGCUGCCGUGCAAAGUCUUGGAUUAGCCGUGGUUACUGCUGGGGCUGGUAACGGCAUCUAUCUUGCCCUUGUGACCGAUCAGCUAAACGCCUAUCACGCCACCAUUGGCCUUGUGCUGUUUUCACUGGUUUGGAUCCAGGCUGCAGGUGGUCUCUUAGGUCACAUUCUCUGGCAGAAGCGUCAACGCAAAAGCUUGUUGGCGCACAUCCACGUGUGGUCGGGCAGAGCACUUAUUACGCUGGGAAUGAUCAACGGCGGUCCAGGGCUGCUCUUGUCUUCAGUCGCCAGUCGUGGUUCUUACAUCGCUUAUGGAGUGAUAUCAGGUGUGAUGUGGUUGCUUUUUGUAUCCAGUGCAGCCGUCUAUGAGACUCGGCGGAAUCAACGAGCUCCGGUCGUGGAGAAGGAGUAG